GAACAAAAGAACUCGGAAUGUGUGGAGAGUCAUACAAAGCCAGGAUUUGAGCUUCCGGAAAACUCCAGAGCUGAGAGGCCUGGACUGAAGAAAACAUAAUGGCGGAAGAGGAAGACUGUGAUUCCCUGGUCGUCAUUGUUGAUGUGAAUCCUGUCUGGUGGGGGCAGCGUAGUGAAGCUUCCAGCAGCAGUUCUCAGAUUACUCUUACAGAAUGUAUGGAGAACAUACUUGUGUUUGUUAAUUCACAUCUCAUGAUGAAGCAUACAAACCAAGUAGCAGUCAUAGCAAGUCACACAAAUGAAAGCCGAUUUCUUUAUCCAAAACCAAACACUGAGGAGGUAGAAGAGGUGAGAUCAGUUGAUGGAAAAUAUGAAUUGUUUACUGCUGUUGAUGACACCAUCAUGAAGGAACUCAGAAAGCUGAUGACGGAAAGCCAGACAGGGAGUGUUCAUACAGACACGUUACUUUCAGGCUCAUUAGCAAUGGCAUUGUGCUAUAUUCACAAACUUGAAAAACAGAAUAAAGUUGGAACAAAAUCAAGAUCAAGAAUUCUUGUUAUCAAGGCCUCAGAUGAUAGUGCUUCUCAGUAUAUGAAUUUUAUGAAUGUUAUUUUUACUGCACAAAAACAGAAUGUAUUGAUUGAUGCUUGCAUUCUGGGUAAUGACUCAGGGUUGUUGCAGCAGGCUUGCGACAUAAGCCAUGGAAUCUACCUCAAGGUACCACAGGUGAAAGGAUUAGUACAGUAUUUAUUGUGGGUGUUUCUCCCCUCUGCUAGUAUGCGCGAUACUCUUGUGCUACCCCCUGCUGUACAAGUGGACUACCGAGCAGCCUGUUUUUGUCAUAGGACUUUGAUUGACGUUGGCUAUGUUUGUUCGGUGUGUUUAUCAAUUUUUUGUCAAUUUAGCCCGAUUUGCUCAACAUGCCACACUGCAUUCAAGUUCAUGGGACUACCAUCAACAAAAUCAAAGAAGAAAAAAAGUAGCCUUGCAGUCACCAGUUGAUAAUAAAUCCUGCCGGGACAAUUUAGUAACUGUAUUUUUUUUUUAACUUGGAACAUAUUGCUAGUGCAAAUGUUGGCUAUUUGCAGCCAUGAAAGUUAACAGCAGUCAGAUACUGAAGAGUAACUGCAUAUAGGAACGAAAACCUAUUCAUACUGCUGAGAUUGAGAUUUAGAGAACUAAAAUGCUUGAAGAAUUGUGCGUACAAGGGAAUUGAGGUACUGUUCUCAGAAUUAAGAGCGAUGUUAUUAAGAUAUUGGGGGUGGGAGAGAGGUAAGUAUUAGAUGUUCCUGACCAAUGAGCCACCAAGAAGGGUUCAGGGAGGGAAAGCCCCAGAAAACAAUGACAAUUUACAAGAUUUCAAAGGCUUAUUCAAUUUUAAGGUCUCAUUGAUUGUAAAAAAAUAUUCAACAGAUUUUUUUUGAGUUUUCUAAUGUGGGGUCAGCUCUCUAUACUGGCACCACCACAGCCUCUGGUUUGGUGGCUCAUUACUAUCUACAAAGUACAUCACCUCCUUGUCAUCUCCAUUGAAUAUAUAAUAUCUUUUGUCAACAUAAACAUACAUGCCGAUGAUGAUGAAAACCUGUAGGCCUAAAUACACUUUUGAGUAUAUUUUUACUAGUAGUUACAGGAUCACUUAAAAGAGUAAUGCAAAUUACUGUCUUAUGCAGUGUAAGAAGAUAACAAAAAGUAUAUUCAUAUUAUUCUCAGUUCUUAAUUUCAUUUUACAGUAUUGUCUAUAUCUGUACUGUACUGUACUCUGUGGGAGUGACAAACUGAUGGGUGCUAUUAAAAUAAAAUACAUGUGUUAUAGUUUUUUAAGUUUGUUGGCAUUUCUUGGUCGUCCAUGUGACUAAAGAUCAAAAUAACUUUUUGACAAUUGUUACCGCUUUGUUAUUUUUGUAACAAAAACCGAACUCCAGAGGAAAA